AUGUUACUUCUUUGCAUCUGCAGUUACAUGAGUUUUGCACGGCUGUCGUCUGCAACGAGAUGUUUCAAUCAGAGGGGGGUGGAUCGGCGGGCUGCAAGGCUCAUAAUGAGCAUCCACUGCUUUAGGACGGCUGUGUCUGACAGCUUCCACCUGCAACGGCACUGCCUCAAACUCCACACUGGGUCUCUGCCAUCGGUGCAAUACAACAACCGCUCUCUCUCCCCCUGGCGGUACAGAAUCGACGAGAGAGAGAACAGGAUUCCCUCUAAAAUCAUGGUGGCUGAGUGUCUGUAUACGGGCUGCAUCAUCAACAAGCACGAGGACAUGACAUAUAACUCUGUCCCCGUGUUGGCCACUUUCACCGUGCUCCAGAAGACUGUAUGCCCUGACAACCCUCGACACUACCUGGUGACAGUAAACGUUGUUACCAUCCCUGUGGCAUGCACAUGUGUUGUACCCAGACAGAUGAUUUAAUCUCUUGGAUUAGGUUAGUGUUACGUACGUGUUCAAAAUGGCACCCUAUUCCCUAUGUAGUGCAGUAGGAUACAUAUGUGUCCAAAAUGGCACCCUAUUUCCUAUGUGGUGCACUACGUUUGAAAGGAACCCUAUGGGCCUUGGUAUCUCUGCACUAAUUUGGGGUCUUUUGUUUUUUUACAUGUUAAGACAGUCAGCCUUAAAUCCAAACUGUGCUUAUACACAGAGACACAACCUUGGAUUAGAUUCAUUCUUAUAGAGAUGAUAUAGAAGAAAUUAGCCAUUUAGUAGUGAGAUUUC